AUAAUUUACCUCAAAUAUUUUAUUUAUACUCAAGGUAAAUAACAAUACAGCAAAAAAUGGAUAUCUACAUCCGAAAAGUACUUCGUGUAUCAGUGGCACAAAUAUGCCAAACAAUUGGAUACAAUUCCUUUCAAUCCAUUCCACUCGAACUGCUUGUUGAUAGUUUACAAAAAUUCCUCCAAGAAUUCGCCAGAGAUCUCCAUCAACAUGUUGAAUUAUUCAAUCGUACCGAAGCCAAUCUAGAUGAUGUUGCACUUUCUCUGCAAUCCCUCAACAUUAGCGUUGGCGAUUUAUUGGAAUACAUUAAUCAUGUCCAACCAGUUAGUUGUAAUAUCGAAAUACCACAGCUACCAGCUACAAAAUCCUCCAAUCUGAAUUUCCUUAAACCUGGCAGCAAAGAAGUUCUCACACGGCCAGUUCAUAUAUACGAACAUUUGCCGCCAAUUCUGCGAGAUAAUGAAGACGAAGAAGACAAAUCAAAUAUAGUAUUGGCAUCGCCUAAUCCAGGACAAAUAAAUACAAGUCUUGGUUCCAUAUCCCAUGAAUCUGGGGAGGAAAUAGACAAAAAACUGCCUGUAGAUUUAAAUGAUACCAAGCCAACACCUGGCGAAACGAACAACUCUAAUCAACUCCCUUUAGAUAUAUCAUCAAAGUCUACUUUUCCUAGCAGUGCAACUAGAGAAAUUAGCAGUGUAAUGAUGACUUCGGGUGGCUUCAUUUCGCCUGCAAUCGAAGGCAAAACUCCAGAAAGUUUCAUUCCCGACAUUGUCGAGAAGUAUUUUGGUCUGGAUGCUCCACCUUCAACACCACCAUUUCAGCCUACUCAAUCUUUGGGUAACUCUGAAACUGGUGCCAAUUCAUUGAACACAAAUUCCUCUCAUUCACCUAAACCAAAUCCAAAUCAUGAUCAGGAUUUCCCACCAAAAUCUAUAAAAACCAAUCAAAAUUCUGAUAAAAAGAAAAAAAUGAAGAAAAAGGCUUUAAGUAGUAUGCCACCAAAUACAUUAGGAACAUCACCCAAUGCUAUUACUGAUAAAGCUCAACGUAAACGAUUUAAAAUGCUUCAAAAGUCCAUGGCCAAAAAUGGCUCUGGAAGUAGUAUUUCUAGUAUGAAGAGCAAAAAUCAUAAUAGUCUGGGUCAUGGUUCACAGGAUAAGCAUCUGAAGAAGCAAUUUAAGCUUAAACAGAAGCAAAUUCGUCAACAAUCUAUUCAGAAGCAAACUGAAGCUGCUUUAAGUGGAACUUCUCAAGUAUUUCGUGGUAAUUUGGAUAAAAGUCUAAUGCCACCACAAGAAAUUGUUGAUAAAAUCAAACCUAAAAAAGAAUUACCACCACCAGUUUCAAUCCCAGAAGAUCUACCGGCUGUCCCAGAGCCAGAAGUUGCUACUCCCACUUUUGGUACACAAGUUUUUCCCCAUUCGAAGGGAAUUUAUCCACCACAGGCACCAUCGUCGUUGGUGGGGUCGCAGGAUCUGAAAGUUAUUCCACCAAUGCCAGCAAUUGUUCAUAACACUUCAGUAGCUCCACCUUCUUCAUUAUUGCAUAGUGAUGAGAUUAAGCUAAACAACGAACCAGAUCGAAGUAAAUUGAAUAUAUUUAAAAAGAUAUCAUCAUCGGGCAGGAAAGAACGGGGCGAAGGUCAAAUUCAACAACAUCCAGAAAUUAAACCAGUUACUGGUCCAUCUGGAGGAGGAAACACGACAAUAUUCGGUGAUUCUCAGGUUAUAAGUCUACCCUCGGGUACAACAAUAACUCCAGCUCCACCAUCAGGCUCGGGACGACAUGUUUAUGCUCCUCCUCCAUCAUCGUCACAACAAUCGGGUGACUUUAAUUCGGUCAUUUCAGUUGAUGAUGGUAAUGGAAUUCCCGAGGGAAGUGCUGUUCUAAUGCAGCGAGGUGAUCUUAUGAUUCAGAAGCCUAAAAAACGUGGUCGAAAGCCUGGUAGUAAAAAUCAACCAAAAAUUCUCGGUUUGAAUACGAAAAAGCCGAAAAAGAUGAAGAAAUCUUUCUUCGGACAUCAUUCGACUUCGAAUCUUAUGGAACCGUUGAAUUUAUCUCAUAAUUCAAUUGACAAUAUAGCCAAUAUCCCAUUGGGCAUAGCAAGUACAUUCCCCAUUGAUGGUGGAGUUAGUUUAAAAAUGAAAAAAGAGCGAAAGAAGUCGAAAAUGGGCAAGGAAUCGGGUUUCAUGCAUAAUCAUAGCAAGUCAUCAUCAUCGAUGUCUAGUGGACGAAAUAUGGCUCCAACAAAAGAGGAAUUCGGAACAAUAAAUCAAAAAUUGAUGAUGAUGAAUACGGUUUUGCAGCCUGCUCCACCAUUGCCAACUAGUAAUAGUACGUCAUUGCCUGGCAAAUCGUCGAGUGGAGGUCGUUCGAGUUCGCCAUCAUUUUCGCCUGGUUCGAUGCCGCACGAUGUUGAUUCGGCAAUGCGAGCGAAAAAAGAACGAAAAAAGCAAAAACAAAUGAAAGAUCAAAAUAAACAAGGUAUGCAACAAGGAAUUCAUCAAUAUAACAGUCAUCAGACAAAUCAACCGAGUGCGGUGGGAAGAAGUCCAUCGCCAUACUCAACUCAGAAUAUGCCAAAUGGCAUUCCUGGUAUGGACGGUAUGCCGAUGUUUCCUUUCUACCCAUUUCCAGCUCGUCCUGGUCUGAUUCCAUCACACAAUCUAUUUUCUCAGCUGCCUAAUAUGCAUAAUAACGGUUUAUUUAUGCCUCCCCUAAUGGGUUUUCCACCUUUGAAUCACUCGAUUCGGUCGUUUUUCAAAGAUGAUAAAACAAAUGCUGCACCAUUGCCAAUGGCUCCUGAAGGGAGUUAUAGCAAAGUUGCUCCUUUGGUGCCGGAUACUAUGAAAUUAGAACUCUCACCGGGUGCAGGUUCGUCCAAAUCAAAGACAAUUUCACCUCGCGGCAGUGGUGGACAAGUUUUGCACAACACAAAUGAACCUAUGUCCUUGUUGUCACCGGGACAUGUUGGUGUUAUUCGCAAGAAGUCAGAUGAUCACACUUCACCAAUGUCGAUGAAUGCUCUUAAAAAUUCAGAAACUAUUGAAGUUUCAUCGGAUGAUUCGGUUCAGGACGAGAUAAGAAAUCAGCACUCGACGCAGUCGUUUGCAAAUCGUCCUGCGGUGCCCUUAACCGGCAUUCCAUCGGGUCUAUAUCGACAGUCAAGAAAUAAUCAACCAACACCGACUAACAAUACUGAUGUGAAUGUUUUGGGAGAGAUUGAUCGAUCUAUAUCGGCGGAGCGUCGGACAAAAGAGCAUAAGAAGGUUAAGAAAAUUAACAAACAAGGAAAGAAACAAUCUUCUCCAAGUGGAGGGGCGACAAUAACUGAAUUAAAAAAUCCAGUUCGAUUAGAAUUGGGAUCGGGAAGUGAAGCUAUGGAUAUGAGCUCGGAAUCUGGUAAGAAAAAUGACGACUCGGCCAAUUCAUCUGGAAAUGUAGCUAUGGAUUAUGAAUCGUCUCCGGAAAAGCGGAAAGAUCAUAAAAAAAUGAAGAAAUUGCUGAAAGAAACUAAAAUUAAAAAGAAAAAAGACAAAAAGGAUAAGAACAAAAAUAAAGAAAAAAACAUGGAAAAGAUUGUGAAAAGCGAGAAAUCGGAAAAAGAAAAACGCAAAGAAGAAAAGAAGGAUAAAGAGAAAUUGAAAAAAUUGAAAAAGGACAAGAAGAAAUGUAAAGAAGACAAAGAACGAGUCGAUGGUGGCGAGGGAGCAGCACCAGGUGGAGUAGUGAAAUUCACAUCAGCUGGAGGGGAUGGAGCUGGCUCGUCCACAGAAGCUUCGUCAGUUAUUCCAAAAAUUACAUUAAAACUAGGUCAAUCAGUACAAUCGCCAACAUCACUCAAAGCUGGAUCGAAAUCGUCUCUAAUGAGUAGUGGAGGAUUUAAUAUUUCCGAACGGGAGCAAUCACCAGAAUUGGCCAGAAUAUCACCAUUAGUUACCCGGCCACCAAAACACAAGACAGGAAUUGAAGACCUAGGAGGCAGUGUUGGUAAUUUGGUUUCCGGGGCAGGCACUGGAGCAUUUCAUCACACUCCUUCUCUAUCCGCUUCUUUAAAUAUCCUCAAUGAUUCGGUGAUAGACAUUGAUAGCAAUAGUGGUGGGCCUUCGACUUUUAUGCUUCCUGCAUCAGCGACGAUUUUGGGUGGACUUGGAUUGCCACAACCUAGUACCAAAUCUCCUGGAAGUAACAAUGCAGCGAGCUCAGCUUUCCACAAUAGUUCGUCAAGUAAUAGUCAACAUACUUCUUCUUCAAGUAAACAUUCGUUGCCUGUAUCAUUGAUGUCGGAAGCUAAUCGUCCAACUUCGUAUGUUGAUACAUCGACCAAGGACGCUGAAGGCAACCGGGUGUGGAUAUGUCCGGCGUGUGGCAAAGUAGAUGAUGGGUCUCCAAUGAUCGGUUGUGAUGGUUGCGAUGCAUGGUAUCAUUGGGUCUGUGUUGGUAUAUUGGUAGCUCCCGAUGACAACGAGGAUUGGUAUUGUCGUGUCUGUAUCGCUAAAAAACGCGGCGUUCAUGGUGGUGAUAAAAAACGCAAGCGAAACAAAAAGAAAAAUGCAGAUUUUUAGAAGUUUCCAUUUUAUUUAUACUUACUUACAUAUAUAUUAAUUUAAAAAUUUUAUUUUAUAGAGUUAAGUAAAAAAUUGGGCGUUUUAGUUUGUAUCCAUUAAAAUUUUGUUUAAGUUAAAUAUGGCAAAUUUUUUUCCCGUUUUUAUUCAAAUGACAAUUUGUACAUUUAUACUUUCUAUUAAGACGCAAUGUUUAGGUAUUUCUAUAAAAAAAUUAAACAUAAACAAAAUAUAAAUUUUUAGAAUUAAAAAAAAAACGCAAAAAUUAUUCUUUUUAAUCAAUAGAUUUAAGAAAUAAGGAAACCAUGAAAUUGAACUUUUUACUAUCAUACAACGUUGUAAUUUUUUA